AUGCCUGCACUUUCACCUUCCAUGGACUCCGGCACGGUCGUGGAAUGGAAGAAGCAAAUCGGGGAUAGCGUCGGCGAAAAUGAGCUCCUUUGCACCGUUCAAACCGAUAAGGCGGUGGUGGACUACACCAACCCCUUCGACCCGGGGUUUUUGGCGAAGAUCUACUGCCAGAACGGCGAAUCCGCGGAGGUCUCGAAGACCAUCGCGUUGAUGGUGGCCAGCGCCGGGGAUGUCGCCAAGGUGGCGAAUUACCGCCCCGAGGGGGCAGUUGGGGCUUCCGUCGAGGCCGCCGCCCCCGCGCCGGGAAAGGCCGAGGCCAAAACGACCGAAGACAAAACCCACGAACCCCCCAGCGCUCCAGAGCGGUACGGCGACUCGCUGGAGGACACGAUCCACUCGAGCGGCCCCAGCGUCGUGCGGCUCGCCAACGGGCUCUCGACGAACGUCCUCGAGGCGAUCGUCCCCUCCGGGAAGGACGGGCGCUUCGUCAAGGCCGACUUUAUUGACCAGCCCGGAUUCGACUACAACGACGAGGCGCCAAUGCCGAAAGUAUCCCCCGCCCCCUCCGCGGAGUCCGCAAAAGCCCAAACCUCGGCCCCUUCGGCGAAUAUCUUCGAUCUCGUCCUCGAGGCCGGCCCUAUCCUGAAGGCCAUGGAUGAUACCAAACUCCUGAAGAAACUCAUCUCUACCAUGUCCCUGCCGGCGCCCAAGAAGGGCGGUCAGUAA